UCUUUUUUUGUAUGUAUGUAAACAUUUCGUGUUAUUAUGAAACUUGGGAUAAUAUCAACAAAACAGUAUCUAGUCUAACAACAUAAGUAUAAUAAAUAACGUCUGAAAUAAACGCUAAAAUAAACAGUUCGUUGAACGAUAUAAGUAAAAUUAGGCGAUAUUAAGUUUUUUGUAGGUACUCGCGUUAUCUUUUUCGAGCGCAAAGAUGACCAACGAAUGUGCGCGAGCGAUUUCAGUUGCAAAUCAUUAUUUCAUGUUGGCUGAUAGAAUGAUUCCCGGUUUAGAGAAUCAUCUUUCAAAAAAUGUGGUGCUUGAAUGGUUUGGAAAAAAGAUCACAGGGAAAAAAGAUGUAGCUGCUUUUAUUAUGUCCCAUAAAACAGAAUUCUUUCAUACGUUUGACGACAUUAUACCAAUUUUGGGUAUCACCACUAAGGAGAAACAAUCGAAUCGGUCGAAAGAAUCUUUAGAUCAAAAUGCUAGCGAUAAGUGUGAAACCCACACAAGCUAUUGUUCUCAUAAAGAACUAACUCGCUGUUCACACGAGACUGAAAUGUCAACGAACCAUGAAAACGCAAUAGAUUCUAAUCAGGAAAAUAAUGAAAACGACACAACUUUCGUACAUAAGGAUGGCUGUGCCACUUGUAAUAUUGAAGAGCUUACGUACAAAUCGGAAAUAAUGACAGCUUGUAAUGAUGUGAAUGUCAAUGUCAAUGUGAAUACAAAUAUUGAAGCGAAUCAAAAUGAAAUUACAAUCGCUAACAUAGAUGAUCAGAGUGAUAAUCUUAACAAGAACGAUCUCUGUAAUCUUUUCGAACCCGAGAUUACCUCUCAGGCUAUCGUCGAGAACAUUAAUAGGACAGAAUUGAAAGAGGAAAUGGCACCAACCAUCAGAGCUAUCAACAGAGAGUGUGGUCAAGGAGAUGGACCUGUUAUUGUUGAAGCUGAUACGACUAAGUACCUGGAGGCAAAUGGAACAAUAAAAUUUUUACGCAUAAAUAUACAAGAAGAUUCUCUAUUUUUAUAUCAUUGGACAAAAAUCUGGAAAAGGAAGAAUUGGAAUCAAAAAUGCAGAUUACAGAUUGCCUAUUCGCUUUUAAUCGAUAACGAAUCUCCAAAAAUUGUCAACAAAUGCAUGCAGGAAAAUGUUCAUUCCGCUAGUCAUUUAAAUAAAAUACAAAAAAGUAAAUUGCCAAGUUUAGAAGAGGUAAUCCGAGAUAGCAGUACAUUAAUACGGGACAAAAACUGUUUUAACGGUUAUUUGCAACCCUUAAAUUUCUCAAAGGAUCGCGAGGAGUUUCUGAAAUUUUUCAAAGCCGAGAUGCAAGAGAAAUUCAACGCACAAUCUUGCGCGCGUUACGUGAGAAAUAAAUUGAUUUUGGACUAUCCAAAUAAAAAACCACUUCUUAAUGUUAUGUAUCAAAUUCACAUGAUCGUUUAUACAAAAGUUGAAUAAAAUGAAUCUGUUAAGCAAGAAAUAGCGGAUGCAGAAUAAACCUCGUGUACAAGUUUGCGCGAUUGAAUGGCGUUUGUAUCUGUAACUGUAGUAUUAUGAAACGAAUUAAUCGAUCGGACACGCUUCGGCGAAUUUGUAUUCAUUACAAUAGAAAACUAUAUCCUGCGUUAAUCGAAAAAAUCGUUUAACUCUUACAAAAUUCCUAAAAAAUAUUUUAGACUCGUAAGAGCUUGUAACAUACAUUUUUCAAAGGCUUAUAGCAUUGCAUCGAAAGUAUAAGCACGCAUACGAUCCACGUGAAUUUACAGGAUGAUCUCAGUAUACAUUUGAUAACUGCGCGUUGUGUAAACAGUAGAACAAUUAUAAGACAUACCGCCGUAACUUAAUUUGUAUUUCUGCUUAUUGUUAGAUGGAAAAUAUUGAUUUUAUCACGAUCGCAGUGUGACUUUAUUUGCAUCUCGAUAAACGAUUAUUUUUUUAUAAUGGUUACAUUAAAUUGCGCAUGUGACUACGCGAUAUUGUGAAACAUACAUAAUUGAUGAUAUCAAUAUAUUUUCGAAAUACAUUACAUGAUUGCAUGGCAAUAUAUUUUUUAAUUUUUGUAACAAUAAUAAGUUGUGACAAUAGAUUUUAAUAUUUAUGCUCUUUUAUUCAAU